AUAGUCUGGAGUAAAUCGAUUAUAACUUCUUACUCAUAUAAUCAAAUUGGAUGAAACCCACUGCAUUUGAAAGAGGACUCAAAGAUAUUUGGUUUGAUAUAUUAUAGUUCACACAGUUCAUUAUAUACAGGGAUUUAUAAUUGUUUGAAGUUGACCCUGAAAUGCUGAAAACUGCGCAAUAGGCUAUGUGUUUUACUACUGUUUUGAAAUCCAAACGCAGCCUUAUGCGUUCCGAAAAAUUCCGAAACUUAUCCGAGAUGAACUAUGAGCUUUCCCGAUCGUAACGCAACUUGAAAAUCUAAAAACGGAUGUCGGAAAGGUUGAAAAGUUGUAUCCCGAAGAUUGCUAGCUAAAAUGACUAAGUCUCAUUUUACACUUAGAAAAUUUUAAGUCAUUAAGUCUAAGAGCUCAAUAUUAAAGACUUAUCUAUGCACGCCUUUUAUGGGGCGUUACAAUUUAUGAAUUCAAAUUCAAUUUAUCGCGAAUGUGCUGGUUUUCAGUUUGGAUGUUGUAGAUCCGCGAAGAGCAUAUGUUGAGUAAAGGGAAAAGGAGCAACGUUCGCCAGUCUCAUGGGGCAAUUGGAGCUAACGAGCGCCAUUAUUGUUUUGGUAAGUUUCAUCUUUAGCUUAUUUGAGUUGCUACAAGAUUUUCUUUGUUCCGGUGACUACUCUACUUGUUUGUUUUUAGGAGAAAAGAACCAUAAUGAAAGCGAAAAUACGAAAACAUCAAAAUCCCUUUCUUGUGAUCAAGGAUUAUCAUUGGGAGAUUUUGGAUAAAACACCAAAUCAAAAGGAAUGGAUCCGACCUUGUAUAAUGCUGUGAUGAAAGGCAAUAUCGGAGAUGCCAAUUUUCUACUUGCUGACCAUCUGAAAAGGGAUGAAGAAAACGGCUACCAAGUCACUCCAAAGGGAAACACGGUCCUCCAUGUCGCAGCCCUCUAUGGCCACUCCCAUUUCGCGGAAGAAGUCCUUAAGAUUACUCCGGCAAUGUUAUGCUGUCAAAACAAGAAAAAUGAAACAGCUCUUCACCUAGCAGCUAAUGAAGGGCACACUGAAGUAGUACGUAUGCUACUUGCAUGUGUCGAAGAUCAUAAUACUAAGGAGAAACUCACGAGGAUGACGGAUGCUAGCGGAGAUACAGCCCUGCACAAGUCCGUGAGGAGCCAACAUCUAGAUGUAGUUAAGCUCUUGGUGAAAGAAGAUCCUGAAUUUGAAUUUCCGCCUAACCAUGCACAGGAGACGCCACUGUAUCUGGCGGCUGAAUCUGGUUUUCAUGAUGCUUUGAUUAAUAUCUUGGAGUACUGCAAGAAAUCAACUUAUGCUGCAGGUCCAUCUAAUAGAACGCCGCUGCAUGCAGCAGUAAUUCAGGAACAUAAAG